UACGCCGAAAUCCAUCGCCACUCCGGACAGUCGCUCUUUACCUUCAGCCUGCGUCUUCCCAGCGCACACGUUCAACAGUUUUGACUUUUCCCGAGGGCGUCUCGCUCAAGUCGGCCUGAAUUAUGGACAGUGACAACGAAGUGAUUUCGGUCAAAGAAAGCAAGAGAAGGGAGCGCCAGUCCGGUCCAGGCCGUUACAGUUCACAUGAUGUUGAAGCUUUAGAGAACCCAGAGACGGACAUUGGCCUGUGUGGCUGGCUGCUGGUUGGACUGUCUCUCCUGUUGAUGCUGGUCACUCUCCCCCUCUCCAUAUGGAUGUGCAUUAAGAUAGUGAAAGAGUACGAGCGAGCCAUCAUCUUCCGCCUUGGCCGCAUUUUGCGAGGAGGAGCCAAGGGUCCGGGGUUGUUCUUCAUCUUACCGUGCACUGACAGCUUCAUCAACGUGGACAUGCGUACCAUCACCUUCGACAUCCCCCCGCAAGAGGUUCUGACCAAAGACUCGGUGACGGUGAGUGUUGACGGCGUGGUGUACUACCGGGUCCAGAACGCCACUCUGGCUGUGGCCAACAUCACCAACGCGGACGCCGCCACCCGCCUGCUGGCCCAGACCACCCUGAGGAACGUCCUGGGCACCAAGAACCUGGCGGAGAUCCUGUCCGACCGCGAGGAGAUCGCUCACAGCAUGCAGUCCACUCUGGACGACGCCACAGACGACUGGGGGAUCAAGGUGGAGCGCGUGGAGAUCAAAGACGUGAAGCUGCCUCUGCAGCUGCAGAGAGCCAUGGCCGCCGAGGCCGAGGCGACCCGCGAGGCCCGAGCCAAGGUGAUCGCCGCCGAGGGCGAGAUGAACGCGUCGCGGGCCCUGAAGGAGGCCUCCCUGGUGAUCGCAGAGUCCCCGUCGGCUCUGCAGCUGCGCUACCUGCAGACCCUCAACACCAUCGCCGCCGAGAAGAACUCCACCAUCAUCUUCCCGCUGCCGCUGGAGAUGAUGCAGGGCCUCCUGAAACGCUGAUGGAGAGCACCACAAGCCCGCCCACCCACACACACAGACACCAACCAGUCAAUUAGGCUGUCUGCUUUUAACCAGCAGCGGGUUUUAAAGUAGCUGUUUUUCUUCAUUUCUGAUCUUUUAAAGCUGAUUCAAUUCUUUUAACAGACCGAUCCAAGGCUGCGUGACGGCCGGAGCAGCAGAAACCUCAAACCUUCAUAUUUUCUGUUUUUCGUUCCAAGUUGAACUCCUGGUGGAGGGACUGACCUGCUUCUGAUCUCACACACACACACACACAUACACACACACACCUGACCUGAUAUUGUAGCACUUCUGUCACGACAGUAACACAACAUCCAGUGUUCUCACCUUUAAAGGGUCAAAAACCGAGUUGCCAGUUCAAAAUGCGGCAUAUUAACUGCUCUGUUUUACUUAAAUGAAACAAACCGAGGCUUUCCUGAUGCAUUUCCCACAGUGCCUUGCAGAGGUCUUCACACCUCUGGGCCUCCUUCACAUUUCCUCUCGUUCCAACCGCGAACAUCCGUGUGUUUUUAGGUUUGUUUUGGGAUUUAAUGGAGUGGAGCAACACAAAGUGGAAGAAAAGGAUGGAUUUUUUUUUUAUAAACUACAGUCUGAAAACUGUGGCAUGCAUCUGAAUGCAGCCCCGCCCUCUCAAGCCGUCUGCAGCUUCUAUCAGAGUUUCCUUCCACGUUUAUCUCCAUCCAUCAGCGCUGACCCGCUUCCCUGUCCCUGCUGUAAAACGUCUCCCCGCAGCUACCCAUUCUGCUCCGCUUUGUGUCGCUCCAUCCCAUAAAACACGUUGAAUUUCUGCGUUGUGAUGCGACAACUUGUGAGAGGUUUUAAGGGCUGUGAAUUAGCAAAUUCUGGGAAUAAACAACGCGGAAGACGGGGAGCGGUACCCGAGUGAGAAAUGCAUUUAUAUUCAAUAAAUAGACAUUAUUCUAACUUAUAAGCUGAAAAGUUUUAUUUUCUCUCUUGGUUUUUCUCACCAGGCUGGAUUUAACUGGUUGUACAUAUUUACUAUAAGCUUUCUAUCAGUAUAUGAAGUAUUUAGAGGACAACACGCACUGUUAGGCUCCAAACAGUUAUAAGCCAUGGAGCUGACAAAACCCAGAGUAUAUCUACACAUGUGUCAGUGGUGCCUUUUCAUUUUAUCCUACCUUCGCUUUUCUUACUCUUGGAAAAAUUCAGGGGCUACAAAUCUUUCAGCCAGAAGCCUUAACUCACGGCCAACCAUCUGUCUGUGUUAACACGUCACUCUUUCCAUCUGCUGAGGAGAUUUUAUUUACAUUUUUUAACAGAGUUUCUAUCUCAGUUUCUGAGUGCAACACAAGCCAAAUACGUGUUUACCUUUAUACUAACCUGUGAAAUAUAAUCCCUGUUAGCUCGACUGUUAGUAAAUGUAGUUUAUGCAUCCUGCAGGUUGUGUUUAACACUCAGAUCAGCCAUUACAUUAUGACCACUUUGCAUUAGAGGGGGACCAUCAGCACCAGUCCUCAGGUUGGCAUCCUGAUGUCCAUAAAUGUUUGGCAUUAACUGUUAUUAUUAAAAAUAUAGAGAAAUCCAACUUAGUAUAUCUUUUGGUCAGAUGUUCAAAUUUUCAGAGUAAAAACUGCUUCUGGAAAAAUGUGAAAUCUAAAAAAGAAAACCUUAUAAAUUCAGCCUGAGGUUGCAGAUACGAAUUCCUGACCAUUGUAGAAGUUUCUUCCAGGUAAUUUUUUUUUAAACUGCCAGAAUUAAUUGAGAUCUGUUUUUAAUAAGAGUUAAAAUGUAGACGUUGGUGUCUGGAGAGCUCCUUCGCUCCAGCCGUCAGUGGUCAUAAUAAUCUGGCUGAUCAUGGUGUGUCGUUGUGAUGUUUCGUAGUUUUCUAGUUGGAUCGCCAUCUAUCACGCCUGAUAGGUUUUGUUAUGGAGCUGUUACAUUUUAAUGCUGUAUGUUGUGUGUUUUGUGUUGCUGUUGGGAGGAAAACAUUAUGCUUCCCUGCAGAUCAUCUGCAGCGGUGUCUCCUUUUGGUGGCUACUUUCAAGCUGGUUCAUUACUUUAGACACAUUCACUGUAAAAGAAAAAUAUGUUUUAUUUCUUACCAGCUUGUUUCAUAUGAUUCUAAUUUUAAUACAUUUACAUGAAACAUUAAAUAAAGAUGCAAUCCACGUG